CAAACAAACGGUUUUUUUUCCAGGCAAAAAUGGCUUUUAUUGUAAUUGUUGGUACUUCAAAUUGUAAAGAUUUUGCCCAUGCAUGUUAUGUAGCUGAAAUAUUGGAAUCAACUUUACCAAAUUUUAAAUGUUCCGUUGUUCCAAUGGCGUACAAUGAUUGGGCGAAUUGGAUAACGGAUAAAAAUGCAACAAAUGGAUGGAAUCAUUCAUCAUCACCCGUUAUUUAUCGAGAACUUACAAUGUUAGGUGGUAAGGAAUAUUAUAUUGGUGGUAUCGAUCAAUUUUGGGAGUACAUUUGUGAUUACUAUGGUUUAGAAUUUAUUUUAUCCAAAACAAAAUUAGCUGCACUUCAACAAGAUAACGUACAGAAAAAGAAUGAAUUAAAUAUUGAGAAUGAUGCACAAAAUAAGGAUAUCUAUCGUGUUUGUAUUUGUGGUGCUGAACCAGAAUGUUUAUCACUGUUGAUACCAGAACUAAUAAAAUUAAAGGAACUACAUGGUUCUGAUGGUAUUUGUAUUUAUUUAUAUCCUGGAGCUGUACAUGUACCGGGUGUUCAGUCAUCAUCGUACGAACAACUGUUACAUUUUGAAGAAGAACCAGACUUGUAUGCUAGUAAUGACACUUAUCACGUUUAUGUUCAAGUCAUUGAUGAAAUCCAAAAUUAUCUUUCAAGCACGGAUCUAAUGAUUAUACUUGGUGGAAAAUUAGGAUAUGAUACCGUUUUAGAUUUCAAUGAAUACAUCUAUGAUAAUGCUAUGAUAAUGACAGACUACGCUGACAUCAUAAAUAAUUGUGCGCAACGUAAUCUACGUAUAAUUGUUGCAUAUCCUCCAACAUGUUACAAUGCAACGAUUCUAACGGAAUUAGUGACAAGUGUACGAUUGAAUAAUAUUAUUGCAAUCACAGCGGAUUUAGGUUUAGAAGCGUUAAGUAUUGUUUCGCAACAAGUUGAUGUACCAAUAUCACAUUUGAGUUGCCCGCCCGUCUACGGUUUUGUGGAUAUAAAUCGUUUAAUUGAUAUUGGUAAUAUUGUGGAACGUGUUGAAUAUUUUCGGCCGUCAAAACGGAUUAUUAAUGAACGAACACAGAAAACUUCGUUAAAAGUUGGUGAAGUUCAUUUCGAAUUGCGUCCAUUAAUUUAUUUAACACAUAAUUUAACUAAUGUCUGGAAGAAAAUACAUAAUAAAAAGAUGCAAACUGAACUUAAACUGGGAAGAUUUGCCUAUUAUAGUAAAGUACGUGCCAUAACAGAUUUGCUAAAGCAUUGGUAUUCAAAGGAACCAAAUGAUGCCAUUAUAUCAGCUGGAAUUCUCACAUAUGGAAAGUAUGGUAUCAAAAAUCCGAUAGUAUUCUCGCAACCGAUAAUUUUAUCAUCAAAGAGAACAUGGAUACCGUAUGAAAAUUUUCCGAAACCCCAGUACGAGAUUGAAAUUGAGGAUUUAGUUUCAUUUCCAAUGGAAAUUUUAGAAAUGUUUUACAAGCAUGGUGAUGGUGGUGGUGAAGUAAGCAGUGCUGAAUCUCUAAAUAAUAAACGCGCUUCGUCCAUUAUGAAUUUAAAAGACAGUAGUGACGAUAAUUAUUUUUCUUUUUAUUAG